CCCAGGGUCAUCUGAGUGUUCUUGAACGGUUGAUCGCUUCGUCAAUCACAGCAAAAAAUCCCUCUUUGCCCUGACUGUAUUUGUUGGUUAUCAGCCUAUGGAGUCUCCUUCGCAGCUCUCCAGAUACGCUACAAAGAAAAUAGUAUUUCCUGGUGGAAGAUCAAAGGAUGUAGCGGUGGAUGACAUUCCAACUUCGAUUAAUGGGACUUCAAAGACUCUUAAACAAAAAGAGAUUUCUUUGCAUGAUAUCAUUCAUCUGGACAUAGAAGAUGAUGAUGAUGAUUCUACUGAAGCUAGGCUGGGUAAAGGGACUUCUAUGUCUAAUGGAAAAGAGAAGAUAUUUAUCGAUCUCUCAUAUGGUCUCAGUGAUGGUUCAAAAGUUAAGGGGGCUCAGACUUCAAAGAAAAAUUACUCUUCUGGUUCAAAAAAUGUGAUAGACUUGGAGGAUUCUGAAUCAUGUGGAGAAGAUUAUAUGUCUUAUGACAAGUCAAAUUCAAUGCUUGGUCAGUACAAAAAUUUGCAAUCACAUUCCGAGGUGAGGAAAAAGAUAAAUAUAAGUAAUGGCUCAAUUAUCGGGCAAAGGACCACAAGGGUGGGGCCAUCCGUCUCAUUUUCGGUACCUGCUUUAGGGAAGAAGAGAUCAGCUGCAAUUGAUACUUCAAUCGAUACGAAUUCAAAGAAGAAGUCAUCCAAUGCUGAAUGGAUAAAUCCCCCCUCAAUGCCUUUGACUCCCCCAACUAUUUUUCCUGGAUAUGUUCCAAGUGGUCAUUUUUUACCUCAUGUCACUCCUUAUGAAUAUGCAACUGCUGGACAAAAUCUACCGCAUUCAUUGCAGUCAGCUUCUACUUGUUCACACUCUUCAAAUAUAGAUGAAAUUACGAAGAGAUUCCGUGCUUUCAAGAAAUUUGAUAUAGUGCAGGAUGUUUCAGGCCAUCACUAUUCUAAAAAUGCUUCUAAAAGGCCAUCAAAAGCCUUUCUGAAAAGAAUACAGGAGGAGUGGAAGAGUCUGGAGAAAAAUCUGCCUGAUAAGAUAUUUGUUAGAGUGUAUGAAUCAAAAAUGGAUCUUAUGAGAGCAGUUAUAAUUGGAGCUGCAGGAACUCCCUAUCAUGAUGGACUUUUCUUCUUUGAUGUUUACUUUCCCAGCAACUAUCCCAGCGUUCCACCGAAAGUUCACUAUCAUUCUGGUGGUCUUCGUAUUAAUCCAAAUUUGUAUAACUGUGGCAAAGUGUGCCUGAGCCUCCUCAACACUUGGAGUGGCAGUGGGAAGGAGAAGUGGAUCGCGCGUGAAUCAACAAUGUUGCAGGUUUUGGUUUCUAUACAGGGGCUGAUUUUGAAUGCACAGCCCUAUUUUAAUGAACCUGGAUAUGCUGCCUCUCAAGGGACUCCUAUGGGCGAAAAGAUGUCGCUACAAUACAACGAGAACACAUUUAUCUCAAAUCUGAGAACAAUGGUUUAUUCCAUGAACAAUCCACCCAAGCAUUUUGAGGAUUUUGUUGUAGGAUAUUUCGUUCAGUGUGCUCAAGAUGUUCUGGUGGCAUGCAAGACAUAUAUAGAUGGUGCUCAAGUAGGUAGCCUUGUUGGAGGAGGGGUGCAAGAUGUUGAUGAAAGCGAUAAAAGCUGUUCAGACGGUUUCAAGAAAUCUGUUGCAAGCUUUAUCAGGACACUUGUAACAGCAUUCACUAAGGUUGGUGCAAAGGACUGUGAUAAAUUUCUCCACUUGCAAGAAAAAGCAGUUCGGCAAGUUUUUUCACCCAUGACGUUGAAUAAUUUCUUUCAUUGAGUUGAUCAAAUCUCGUACUCGAGCAGAGCUGCUGAGUUUCGUCUUUGAGGGCUUCUUCAGACCGACUGACGGUUUACUCCCUUGUAGCAAUUACAGAUCAAAUUUGAAUGUUCUUAAUGAACUAAAAAUGUAUAUAUGACAAUUUAUAAGUUAGUUCAUCUGCUGCUCAUUGAACUGUAUGAAAUGGCUCGUUGAAUGAUUAAAAUAAUCCUUCAUUCUUGACCAAUGGGUAUUUUUUCAUUUUCGGAUCCAUCUUG